AUGCGGGGGUGGGGCAGGGACGUGAGGGGCAAUGCGCUGCAGGGUUCGCUGGUGGGGGAGAUCGCACGCCUGCCCGCCCUCACCUACCUGUCAGUGCCGCCCUCACCUACCUGUCAGUGCCGCCCUCACCUACCUGUCAGUGCCGCCCUCACCUACCUGUCAGUGCCGCCCUCACCUACCUGUCAGUGCCGCCCUCACCUACCUGUCAGUGCCGCCCUCACCUACCUGUCAGUGCCGCCCUCACCUACCUGUCAGUGCCGCCCUCACCUACCUGUCAGUGCCGCCCUCACCUACCUGUCAGUGCCGCCCUCACCUACCUGUCAGUGCCGCCCUCACCUACCUGUCAGUGCCGCACUCACCUACCUGUCAGUGCCGCCCUCACCUACCUGUCAGUGCCGCCCUCACCUACCUGUCAGUGCCGCCCUCACCUACCUGUCAGUGCCGCCCUCACCUACCUGUCAGUGCCGCCCUCACCUACCUGUCAGUGCCGCCCUCACCUACCUGUCAGUGCCGCCCUCACCUACCUGUCAGUGCCGCCCUCACCUACCUGUCAGUGCCGCCCUCACCUACCUGUCAGUGCCGCCCUCACCUACCUGUCAGUGCCGCCCUCACCUACCUGUCAGUGCCGCCCUCACCUACCUGUCAGUGCCGCCCUCACCUACCUGUCAGUGCCGCCCCCACCUACCUGUCAGUGCCGCCCCCACCUACCUGUCAGUGCCGCCCCCACCUACCUGUCAGUGCCGCCCCCACCUACCUGUCAGUGCCGCCCUCACCUACCUGUCAGUGCCGCUCUCACCUACCUGUCAGUGCCGCUCUGCGCUCCGCGCCCUGCGCCUGCUCUCACAUGUUGCCUGCUCUCACAUGUUGCCUGCUCUCACAUGUUGCCUGCUCUCACAUGUUGCCUGCUCUCACAUGUUGCCUGCACUGCACGCACAUCCCUGCCAGCUCUCCACCUGCCAGCUCUCCACCUGCCAGCUCUCCACCUGCCAGCUCUCCACCUGCCAGCUCUCCACCUGCCAGCUCUCCACCUGCCAGCUCUCCACCUGCCAGCUCUCCACCCGUCUUCCCUUGUUUUUGCGCCCCAUCUCCGCAUCUCCCCUUCCCCCCCCCCUUCCCCCCUCCCCCCUCACAGCGACCUGCAUCAGAACCCCAUCACCGGCCCGCUGCCCUCCUCCCUUGCUGCCCUCCUCCCUUGCUGCCCUCCUCCCUUGCUGCCCUCCUCCCUUGCUGCCCUCCUCCCUUGCUGCCCUCCUCCCUUGCUGCCCUCUCGCUGCUCACCCGACUUGCAAUGCAUCUCAUUCCACUUGCUCUCCUGUUGACCAUGGCAUGGUCUAUUGGCAAUGCUGCCGUCUCCCCUCUCACCUGCGUCACCUCCCCUCUCACCUGCGUCACCUCCCCUCUCACCUGCGUCACCUCCCCUCUCACCUGCGUCACCUCCCCUCUCACCUGCGUCACCUCCCCUCUCACCUGCGUCACCUCCCCUCUCACCUGCGUCACCUCCCCUCUCACCUGCGUCACCUCCCCUUCCACCCCCCACCCACCAGUCUAGCGGGGCACAACCAGCUGCAGGGGGCGGUGCCGGACGUGGCGCUGCACCCGCGCCUGCGCCUGCUCUCACUGCACGACAACAACCUCACCGGCCCCGUGCCCGCAGCCGACCUCAACUCCUCCACCACCACCGUCGUGUCAUGCGUCCACCAACGUACCACCACACCACCUCCUCAUCCCCCACCUCCUCAUCCCCCACCUCCUCAUCCCCCACCUCCUCAUCCUCCACCUCCUCAUCCCCCACACCCCACACCCUCCACCCCCCGUUCCCCUCUCCACCCCGGUUGUCCUCCGCGUGCCAGCCUGGCAGGCAACCCCCUGUGCACGUCAGCGCGCUACUACAGCACGUGCAACGUGUGGCAGCAGCGGCGGCUGUGCACGCUGCCGUGCAGCAGCAGCGGGGAGAGCCCCAGCCCCGCGGAGUACGUGCGGUCGCAGGCGUGCGUGUGCGCGCUGCCCGUGGUGGUGCGCCUGUUCCUGCAGAACCCCUCCUACACGCUCUUCACCGCUGAAUACGCCGACCUCUUUCAGCGCGACGUCGAGGCACAGCUUAGUCUGCAAGAGGGGCAGUUGGGUGACAGGGCGGGGGAAUGGAACCCCUCCUACACGCUCUUCAACGCUGAAUACGCCGACCUCUUUCAGCGCGACGUCGAGGCACAGCUUAGUCUGCAAGAGGGGCAGAACCCCUCCUACACGCUCUUCAACGCUGAAUACGCCGACCUCUUUCAGCGCGACGUCGAGGCACAGCUUAGUCUGCAAGAGGGGCAGAACCCCUCCUACACGCUCUUCAACGCUGAAUACGCCGACCUCUUUCAGCGCGACGUCGAGGCACAGCUUAGUCUGCAAGAGGGGCAGAACCCCUCCUACACGCUCUUCAACGCUGAAUACGCCGACCUCUUUCAGCGGGACGUCGAGGCACAGCUUAGUCUGCAAGAGGGGCAGAACCCCUCCUACACGCUCUUCACCGCUGAAUAUGCCGACCUCUUUCAGCGCGAUGUUGAGGCACAGCUCAGCCUUCUCGAGGGGCAGGCAUGGCUGGACCGUGUGAGUCAGCGCGAGGACAACCUCGAGGUCGCCACGCUGCGCAUCUACCCCGCCAAGGUGCGCAUCUACCCCGCCAAGGUGCGCAUCUACCCCGCCAAGGUGCGCAUCUACCCCGCCAAGGUGCGCAUCUACCCCUCCAAGGUGCGCAUCUACCCCGCCAAGUCCCCCUUCUCCCCCGUCCCCCUUCUCCCCCAUCCCCCUUCUCCCCCAUCCCCUUCUCCCCCAUCCCUCUUCUCCCCUCCUCUUCCCCCCGUCCCCCUUCUCCCCCGUCCCCCUUCUCCCCCGUCCCCCUUCUCCCCCGUCCCCCUUCUCCCCCGUCCCCUUCUCCCCCCCCGUCCCCUUCUCCCCCGUCCCCCUUCUCCCCCGUCCCCCUUCUCCCCCGUCCCCCUUUUCCCCCGUCCCCCUUCUCCCCCGUCCCCCUUCUCCCCCGUCCCCCUUCUCCCCCGUCCCCUCUUCCCCCAUCCCCCUUCUCCCCCGUCCCCCUUCUCCCCCGUCCCCCUCCCCCCGUCCCCCUUCUCCCCCUCCCCCUUCUCCCCCAUCCCCCUUCUCCCCCGUCCCCCUUCUCCCCCGUCCCCCUUCUCCCCCGUCCCCCUUCUCCCCCGUCCCCCUUCUCCCCCGUCCCCCUUCUCCCCCGUCCCCCUUCUCCCCCGUCCCCCUUCUCCCCCCCGUCCCCCUUCUCCCCCAUCCCCCUUCUCCCCCGUCCCCCUUCUCCGGUCAGGUGGAUGA